AUGGCACCCGCAGAGAUCGGCGUCCUCGAUUUGCCGGUGACUCUACUACCGAUAAUUCUGCGCCAUCUCGACCUGGCCAGCUCGUACCGACUGGCGAUGAUCAACCGGAAAAUGCGGGAACGUUUGGUGAAGCUGAGGGGCAAGCGUUGGAAUGAGACGGUAACGCUAGUCUACCCACGGCAUGGCCCCUUCCAUGUCCAGCUUGCCGACGGCGAUGCGAUGACAAACAUUGAGGCGAUCAAGUUGCUGCUGAACAAUUCGACGAUCGAGAUGCUGGCGCUCGACUCGUAUCGCCCGGGCGGCCAACACUUUCUGCAAGGCGUGACGGCGAUGAGCGUCUCCGGAAGCCAAACAGCCCUGCUUCAACUCGCCGACCGGGACCCCGAAUUCGCCAACCAAAUCGGUUACGACGGCCCGGGACUUGUUGUCGGACUC